GCGAGACUCCGUCCUUACCACCCGAGCUUAUGCUCGAAGCACCUAAACCAAUAUUUGAGAUGAAAGAUUAGUAUAUUGCAGAAUAGCAAUAUAGUUGAUAUUUUAAUCUAAAAAAAAAGAAGAAUUUCCUAGCUUGACACACGUUAGGUGCAAUGGCGUAUUGUUGAAUGGUAAAUGCUCAAAGACAGCAUCUUCAGCUUUAGCUUUAUAUAACAGAAUAAUCAUGAGAGUGAUGAAUGAAAGUGAAAGCAACAGCCACCUUCUUUCAGCAAACCCCUUCAACGCCCCGAGCGAACCACCCAACAAAUUUCCAAAACCCCCCAGAGAGUUUACGCUUACAUCCAUCUUCGAUUCACAAAACCCGGCACGGAAGCCAUAGAUUCAUCCACCAAGUCCUUCAAUCCAUGCGAAGCCCUGGAGCUAGGGUUUCAGAAACUCGGUCAGGAUCAGAACCUUCCAUUUCGUGAAGCUCCGAUUCAAUGUCGAUCCUCAGCCACGCGCUUCGCCAGGCGUUCAUGCCGAAGCGCGAGUACGAGAGCCUCCGCGACGAAGACAAAGCGUGGCUUCGCCUUCAGAGGCCGUUGCUGGUCUCCCUCGUGAUCAUUGUGUGGGUGGCCAUUUUUGUUUCCACGGUUGUUAGUUUGAAUAUAGUGUUUCCAGGGAGUAGUGGAAAGAGACCCUUCUGCGGCGAGUUGCGGAUUCAGCCGCUGCCGUCCACCAGUGUCAAAGGCGACUCGGAUCGGUUGAUGGGUGCGUUUUAUUUGACGGAUCAAGAGACUGCGGAUUAUUACUGGAUGGUUGUGUUCAUUCCUUCGUUGAUAGUUUUCCUGGCGUCGGUGGUUUAUCUUUUGGCAGGAAUUGCUGUUGCAUAUUCUGCCCCAACAAGACAUGGAUGCUUAAAGGUGGUUGAAAAUAAAUACUGUGCAUCAAAAAGGGGUGGAGUCCGCUGUCUAGCCAUUCUUAAUCUCAUAUUUGCUACCGUCUAUGGUCUUCUAGCACUCUUCCUCGGAUCAAGCCUCCUGACGGUAGGGAGCAGCUGCUCUUUGCCCUUGUUUUGGUGCUACGAGAUUGCAUCAUGGGGACUGGUUAUUCUAUACGGAGGAACUGCCUUCUUCCUAAGAAGGAAAGCUGCUGUAAUUCUUGACGAGGGUGACUUUGCCGGGCGAAAUCUUGGGCUGGAAAUGUUAGAAGCAAGCCCCUUGCAAGUCACACCAGAUGUAGAGAGGCGUGUUAAUGAAGGCUUCAGGGCAUGGAUGGGGUCAUCUCUCCUAUCCUCUGAUGAAGAAGAUGAGCCAGACAGUUACGAGGAAGUGCCUCAUCCAGCAACAAGGCAGAGAGCUUGAUAUCUCAAUUUUUCUCUUGUUUGGGGAGAUCAAUAUCUUCUGGCUGACUUCUUUCGAACUCAGACCACCGGCAGAGAUUGGAGUUGAAUUUUGGAAUGCUGAAGACUUUGGUUUCUUACUGUUUCUAUCAGAUGUGUGAGAGAGAAUGAAAGAGAUGUUGAAAGCACGGUUUUGGAAAUUGGAAUGAAGUCCAAUGAAUGACUAGGUUGUACCAUUAGUCCAUUUUUAGGAUUGUAAGUUCGCCAGUAGUGAAAAUUUUAGCUGUAAAUUCAUUUUCUAUGUCAAAAGCCUGAUGUGGAAGCGCUGUACAUUUUUGUGUUCUCUAUUUUUUUUCUCUCGAUUUUGAAAAUUAACAGGAUAUUUGGUAUCAUUUACGCUUUUUAUUGUAUUUCUUUUUUUUUUUUGUAGUGAAAAAAUUGAUAACAGUGAAUUUGUCUA